AUGGAAUCACUGGAGAAAACAGGAUCCCCAAUUCGGCCUUUUCCACGCGUCAACCAGAAACUAUACGAUCUCUGCAACGGCAUUAUGCUUAAAGUCGGCGGCGCUGACAUCGCCCUCCAAGCAUCCAUGAAGAAAGAAAGCGGGAAGAGUCACGAUUCAGAGGAUGAAGACUUGGAAAGUCUCAAGGAAAAGUACCCAAAGAAAGUGCCUCGACCCUUCAACAACCUCAAGGCGAAAGCACGCGCGCUGGCUGAGAAGAAACGGGAGAAGAGGAAGAAGAGCGUUAAGGCUUUGAGCAAGGUAUAUGAAGUUGGGUGUGGGACAGCAAUUCUGUGGAAUGAUCUCGAUGUUGACAACAUUCAACGGGCUGCUGGGAAACGGCCUGAUGAGGCGGGCCAGAAGGAGAUCAUGGGAGGUGUUUCAGCGACAGAGAUUGGUAGCGCCAUGGGCUGGGGCAGCAAACGGCUGAAAUCUCGUGUUUGGCUUCAUCUUUCGGCUUUUUCCUGGGGAGGUAUCAGCAGUGAUGACGAUCCAGAAGGGUUCUCCACAAGCCAGAACUUCGAAAACUUGGUCUUUGGAACAUCCGAGACCAACUCUCUCAUGACGAGAUACGAAACGUCCUGGCAGAGAUUCUUCCUCGCUGAGUCUGAACUCGCUGGUUCUGGUACAGAAAUCACUGGUACACUGGACAUAUGCUGCAACGAUUAUAACAGCCCCAUACUCUGGGAUGUAUCCACGGGCUCCGGGCAAUUCAGAACUGGAGUCCUGAGAUUCACAAAGGAGGAUCUGGAAGCCAUGAAGAAAAACGGGUUCAACUCGAACAAAUACCUCUCUAUAAAGGAAAAGAAACUAACGGACAGCUAUAUCAAGGAGCAGAUGCUCAUGCUUGCCCACGACUUCCCCUUCAUUGUGUAUUCGAUCCAGUACGAUCUACAGGCUGACUUUCACUCGCGAAUCUUUGCCCUGGACAAUAUGGAGUGUUCUGUGCCGUUUUUCCCUUUUCGUAGACCUUUCUAUCAUCGCUCUGAGGCGCUUUUGGAUGAUCUGGUUUUCAAGGAGUUGUAUGCUGAGGGUCACCACUGGAUAUCUGGUAUCUCGGGGAUGAGAUUUUAG